CUGAAGGACACACUGAGUUUCCUCCCUCUGAGAGAGGCUGCUGCUGCAGCUGUCUCCACUCAUUGGGGGUCAUUCCGAGUUGUUCGCUCGCAAGCUGCUUUUAGCAGCUUUGCACACGCUAAGCCGCCGCCUACUGGGAGUGAAUCUUAGCUUAUCAAAAUUGCGAACGAAAGAUUCGCAAUAUUGCGAAAAGACAUCUCUGUGCAGUUUCUGAGUAGCUCGAGACUUACUCUUCCAGUGCGAUCAGUUCAGUGCUUGUCGUUCCUGGUUUGACGUCACAAACACACCCAGCGUUCGCCCAGACACUCCUCCGUUUCUCCAGCCACUCCUGCGUUUUUCCCAGAAACUGUAGCGUUUUUUCACACACACCCAUAAAACGGCCAGUUUCCGCCCAGAAACACCCACUUCCUGUCAAUCACAUUACGAUCACCAGAACGAAGAAAAAACCGUGAGUAAAAUUCCUAACUGCACAGCAAAUUUACUUGGCGCAGUCGCAGUGCGAACAUUGCGCAUGCGCAUUAAGCGGAAAAUCGCUGCGAUGCAAAGAAAUUUACCGAGCGAACAACUCGGAAUGACCCCCAUUAAACAGUGAGUGACUUGUAGGGUUUAUGUAGCAGAAAUUCUAAUAGGAUAUCGAUAUUGAUAAGUUGUGAGGGAAGAAUUGGAGUGGGCUGACAAUCCGCAGUCUGAACAUUCAGUCCACCAUAGUCUCGCGCUAUGCCUUCACCAAGGUGCAUACUGUUAUGGCCAACCCGCAUGAUGUAUCAAAGGAGGCCAUCUUUGAUUUGGAGCUGCCCAGCUCAGCAUUCAUAUCCAACUUCACUCUCACAGUUAACGGUAACACGCAUGUUGCUGAGGUAAAGGAGAAGCACCAAGCAAAGAAGAUGUAUGAGGAUGCAAGACGACAGGGGAAGACCGCAGCUCAUGUUGGGACCAGGGACAGAGAGACAGAGAAGUUCCGUAUGUCUAUGAAUGUGGAGGCUGGUGGGGAGAUCACCUUCACCCUGACCUAUGAGGAACUGCUGAGAAGACACCUGGGGAAAUAUGAGCAAGCUGUCAGUGUGCGACCGGGGCAGAUAGUCCAAAACCUCACCGUGCAGGUGACAAUCUCUGAAAGGACAGGGAUAGACUAUGUUCGAGUUCUACCUCUACGUGCCAGCCGUCUGAUCACCAACAAUGUGCGAGGCGAGACGGCAAUGCCUCCAUCCACAGAGAUAGAAAAGAGUUCUAACUGCGCACGGGUCACUUUCCGACCAACACCUAAGGAGCAGGCUGCCCAUUCCAACGCUGGCAUCACUGCAGAUUUUGUUGUCCAGUACGACGUGACCGUGAAAGAUCUUGCAGGGGAUGUUCAGAUAUACAAUGGAUAUUUUGUUCACUACUUCGCCCCACGAGGGCUACCAACUAUUCAGAAGAACGUCAUCUUCGUCAUCGAUGUCAGUGGGUCAAUGUUUGGCACCAAAAUUAAACAGACCAAGAGUGCAAUGCACGUCAUCUUGAAUGACCUCCACCGAGAUGACUCCUUCAAUAUAAUCACCUUCUCGGAUGUGGUACAAGUGUGGAAGCCUGGCUUCUCCAUCCAAGCCACAGUACAGAACAUCAAGAGUGCAAAGGACUAUGUGAAUAAAAUUGAAGCUGAUGGAUGGACCGAUAUUAAUGCCGCAAUCCUGGCUGCAGCUUCGAUCUUCAACCAGACAUCAGCCAAAUUGGAGAAAGGUGGUAUGAAACAGAAGAUCCCUUUAAUCAUAUUCUUAACUGAUGGAGAAGCCACCUCAGGGGUCACUUCUUCUAUUCGCAUCCUGGAAAAUGCACAGAAGGCGCUGAAAGGCACGGUCUCCCUCUUUUGCCUAGCCUUUGGUGAAGAUGCUGACUACAACCUCAUGCGCCGGCUGUCCCUGGAAAACCGUGGCAUAGCACGGCGCAUCUACGAAUAUUCCGACGCCACACUACAACUAAAGGGAUUUUAUGAUGAGAUUGCCAGUCCUCUCCUCUUCGAUAUUGAGCUGGCUUACCAUGGAGAAGCAGUUCAAAAUGUGACACAGACCCUUUUCCCCAAUUUUUUUGAGGGGUCAGAGUUGGUGGUUACCGGAAAGUUAAAGUCGGGCACAAAGAACCUUCAGGUUAGAAUGACUGCUCAUGACCAGAAAGAGAAGCUAAGUCUAGAAAAUGAUAUCUCCUUGGAGGAUAAUGCCACGCAAUCUGGCUUUGGAUGUUCGGGCAACGUGGAUGAAAUCCAGUGGUUUGUCCAGAGGCUUUGGGCUUAUUUCACCAUUCAGGAUUUGUUACAGGCAAGGAUCAAAGCCAAUGACACCAUAGCUAGAAAGAUUCUUACCGAGAAGGCUACCAAUUUAUCCCUUAAGUAUAACUUUGUGACGCCUGUUACUUCCUUGAUUGUAGUUAAACCUGAUGACCCGGAUGACCCAAAAACUACCACCGUCACUUCAGUGCCUAGUACUACAACUCUUCCUGCAGCUGUACCUUCCUAUACUACAGUAAAUUUUACUACCGCUGUUCUGAUCCCCAAGUCCACUUCACCAGCCCGACCUAAAAGGCCGACCACUAAAACGCCCAAACUUCCAGCGACGACCAAGAUAAGCACAAUGAGACCAACAACUAAUAUUAUAGGAACCAGGGGCCAACCGAAUGCCACUCCGGGAAUGCUCACAACUAAUGCCAUGGAGAAGAUUACAACUAUGGCUCCAGUAGCCAGAUCAUUCCCAACGACCCAUUCAAGUCUCCGACACAAAUCCCCUUUAUCCCCCACCAGCACAUUUCACCUAAGCAGCUUUGUACCAACAGGAACAAUAUCCAGCACAGAAAAACCUACUACCACAUUCUUAAGUUUUGAAGGUCCAUCCAGCUCUGUGGCUCCAGGCAGAAUGUCUACAGUUCCAGCGGCAGAAACUGUGCAGGAGAUCUCUACCGCAUCUUUUGCCACCACAAUUAAUCCUGAUGACCCGGAGGGUGAUGAAAUGCAAGGGUCGAAUCCCACUACAGUACCUGUGAACCCCACUUCCCUGAGACUUCUUAUUCUCUCCCAUGAUGCAGAGCUUCUACCUGGCACAUACACGUAUCCAACAUAUGUCGAGUCGCUGAACCCUCCCCCAGUUUACAGCUAUUUUGAAGAAAUUGCAGGGGGAAGUCAUGGAACAUAUUCAACAGAUGACUCUGAUUAUGCUUUUAUCGUGGACCCCUUCUUGGAACCAGAUAUUGACUAUGAUGGGGUACCUGCUGGCGUGCCUGGGCUCCAGACUUUCAUGUCCUCAGUUGACGGAGAUCCUCACUUUGUGGUGAAUUUACCUCAGAUCCGAGAAAAGUUGUGUUUCACUCUAGAUGGUCGUCCAGGGGACAUCCUCAGGCUCCUCUCUGACCCAGAUACAGGUAUCACAGUGAAUGGACAUUUGAUGAAGGCCCCUCUGAGAAUUGGCCAUGAAAGCCGGUUACGUACUUACCUAGACAUCAUCACUAUCACCAUCAACCAGCCACGAUGCAAUUACAUAGUCAAUAUCUCUCUAGACAGUUUGACCCUUAAGGGGGAGAAACAGAUUACGCUCCCAGUUAACAGACCUGCUCUGCUCCGAAAACCCAAAUUGGCCAUCAAAAUCUCACCAUCAUCCAAUAUAACAGUGUGGAUUGGGCGUAAUGUGGAGUUGUUGAUCUUGUUUCAUCACUACCAGCAUCCAACGUACCUGCAGCUGAACCAUCUGGGCUUUUACAUUGUCAGAGGAGAUGGGUUAUCUGCCAGCUGUGGAGGCCUCUUAGGUCAGUUCCAAAAUGCCCAUAUAGAAGUCACUGAGCGGAAGCAGAGUAAUGAUCUGACCCUGUCUGGAGUUCUGAGAAGAAAUAACCACACCGCUCCUGCAAUUCUUGCUGUAAAAGCCAUGAAGGAUUCCACGGCACAAGUCCACAUGUCCAAAUGCUGGCUGGUGAAACACACAGAUGUCGAGGAGAUUCUAGACGGAAAGUACAUGUCCUACGUGGCGUCAGACCUUCAAGAUAUGUAAGAUCACCUGCACGCCCCAUACAUACAGUAUGAUGUCUGCAUUGUCACAGGUCAGCUAUCAACGGGUUCACUAUCUAUGAGGAUGCUGUAUUCCUGCAAAGGACACAAAGUAAUAUAGAAAGAGCAAUAUGUUCAUUGUCCAAGAGAAAUGAUCCUGGACAGCAACCACCAUCGGUUUGUGAUCAUAAAGUCAAGCGCAGGAACUGUCCAGCUUUUAUCAUCGUCCUGUAACUGAGUUACUCACAUCCAUAAGUGGCAGCACCUUUGUGCCUGCACGUCGCACUCAUACAAGCUAAUUGUUGUCAUGUCCGAGGACCUAUUAAUCUGGUAAUGAAUGUAGUGGUAAGGUGUUAGUGUAUAGUAUAUUAACUUUAUGUCUUCAUAUAUUUAUAUGAGAGAAGUGUUUAUAAAUGUGUAUAAAAUGUUAUGCUGUUGUGAAAAGUCAAAGCACGCUCACCAUAAUCAGGCCUUGUCCAGUAGGCCUGUUCUUAGACUUCACAUUCCAGGUGGAGGAAGUCACCAUGGAAACACUGAAGAUUAGGUUAACAUGGGUUGGGUAUGAUAUGUUGGCAGCCAUCCCGGCAACAAUAAUCAGUCGACAUGAGAAUAUCAACAUGGUCUUAAUGUAGAAGUUGACCAUGUCAACAGUGAUUAUCGACGUGAGGAUAUCGUCAUGGUCAUAAUGUUGACGUUGGCCAAGUCCACAUUUAUUAUGUAAACAGUGAUGAAAUGUUGAAAUGUUAGAAUGUCGACAUAUCAUCCCUGGUGGCCUAGUGGGGACUUAUCUGCUCCCAGCGGCUUCAGCCGUGUCUUCCAGGUCCCGAUAGUCAUGUGGCUAUAACUUCCGGGUCAGACUACCAGCCUAACCCUCCCUCUAGUGCAGUCCUGGCCAACUUGUGUCUCUCCAGCUGUUGCAAAAUUACACAUCCCAUUAUGCUCUGGACCAGUUUUAGCAUACCCUAGUAGCAAAACUGUGGCAGGGCAUGCUGGGACUUGUUGUUUCACAACAGCUGGAGAGCCACAGGUUGAACAGGCCUGCUCUAGUGCCUAACCCGGACCUCCCCCACACCCGCAGCCUACCCUAACCCUACCCCUGAAGCCUAACCAUAACCUUCCCCCACAGCCUAACCCCACACCCCACCCCCAUUAUAACUGUCAACCUUGUGGUAUAGGCACUGUUAUUGUCGACCUUUUGACUACACCCCAUUUAGACUGAUCCUUACUGUGUAGUGUUGCUCACCAACACAAAACAGUGUGGAAAGGAUCUUCAGAAAGUCAUGUCUGCAUUUGGAAUACACAAGUACAUUCUAAAACCACAUUUGUCUGGACAAAACCUUCCAAGUUCCAAUCCUUGUUUUGUGUGUUUAAAAAAGUUUUGUACAUUUGUAACAUUCCAGAAAUACUGUCCUGUUGCUGUUUGUUUGUAAAACUGAUGUGUGUUUGUCUGUUUUUGUGGUUACAAAUGUAAAAACUCUUGCACAUGGAAUCUGGUUUCCGCUACUUCCCAGGAGAGUGUCAGUUACAGCCUCCUCCUUGGUAAUGUGAUGUCAGAGGAGGGGGAGGAAGGCAGAGAUUCUACCUGACAAUAAGCAGGGGGUUCCAAAGUAUCCCUGCUCAUCAAAUUCUGCACGGUGACUGUGACUGUCAUGGUAACGGAAUGAAAGUGAACAAACUCUAGACUGAAUCAUAAAUGAAAGUAAAGCAUAAUAGCAUGGUGUGUCUUCUAAUAGGUAACCAAAAGGAUUUACGUUAAAGAAACCCCUUGUUUGUACAAGCAAUAACACUUUUAUGGGUCUAGUCAAACAGGCUUUUUUCUGUACCUAAAAUCAGGGUUUACCGCUUAGAGACCCACUGAUUCUGUUUGUGAACUGCAGAAUCAAUCUCCGCGCGCCAAUCCCCGAUUUUGCCGUUUCUCUGGGACCUUUCCUUGCAACUCAUGUAGCUGCGAAGUUCAGUCCACCAUCAGGGAUUCAUGUGCGGGGUAAUCCCCGCUGACUGACUCUGUCCAUCUGUAGCAAUUAGCCACAGGGUUAAUUAAAUAUGCCAGUUAAAGUAAAUCUUUUAGACCAAUUACCCAGCUUUGAGAUUCCGGACGAACUUGUACGUUUUUUUUUUAAAAGCGGCAGUCAUUUCCUGGGCAAAACCAAACUGGUUAUUCCUUGUAAAUGAUUACCGCUUUUAAAAUAAACGUAUGAGACCUGCCGGAAUUUUGGCAUUCCGGUUGUCUUGCAUUAUAUCCGGCCCAUUAUCUCAGAAUGUGUGGCCAUCGGUGAUAAUACUGUAUAUUAUCUCAGUAUGUGUGGGCAGAACUAGGCCAAGUCCAACAAGUUAUAUUCAGAUUGCCAAUGAACUGCUACACAGCAGAGACAACAAAUGUAUAGGGUGACGCCGUGUGUGUCCGCAUAGGAAUCAAUGAAUCCCGAGCCCUGCAACGUUUCACUGGCACUUACCUUAUUAAUCGAUGCUUUGGAAAUGCCUCCUAAUGAAAAUGAGUAAUAACUAAUGUGGACGCAAGAAUGACAGUUAUGGGACUGUACUUACAGUGAUAGACACAAGGCCACCUACAGACAUGCACUGAACAUCUCUUUCCUCAGACCGCUGGCGUACCGCCACCUCUGCAGCAGAGCGCAAAACUGAACGAUGAUUCCCGCCACACAUUUUGUCUGUUUAUUGUUUUUACCACGUUAGACAUUAGUGGUUCUCAACCUCACCCCCAAGUCUUCUCAACAGGUCAUGUGUGGCGGAUUUCUGUCUGUGGAAGCAGCUGGGAUAAUUACUGACUAACAAAAUACAUUGACUCACAUGUGCAUGACUAUAGAAAUCCGCAAAACAUGACCUGCUGGCACGGCCGGAUUAAGCCUUGGGGGUGCCCGGGGAAUUUAAGACAGGGGGGCCCCACGAUGGAAGGUGGGGGAUGUAUAUUAAAUUGUGCAUACCUCCCAACAUGUCCCAUUCCAGGAGGGACAACAUGCUCUGCUCCUGGACUUCCCUCUUAAUAUAUGAUUGGCGUCACCUGUGUUGAACUAUUUAAUUGAUAUGAAAGAUACUUCAACACAGGUGAUUGCAAUCGUAAUUUAAGCAGGAAGUCCAGGUAGAGAGCAUUUUGUCACUCCUGGAAUGGGUCAUGGUGGGAUGUAUGGAUUGUGUAUAUUAAUUUUAAACCAAUGGUUUAUAUUAGUUUUAACUAAUAGUUUAAUAAUGGCUGGGUACUGUUUUAGCUCUACCUAAUUGAAAGAAGAAUUUUAUAAACUUUUCUUGUAGUGGAACAAAGACAACUUAACCUUAAAAUACAUAUAGAAAAAUAACAUAAUUUAUCUUGUCACAUGCAAGAAUAGCAGCAGGCUCUGUACUACUUACACACUGGGACAGGACUCAGGAGGCGAGUGUGUGUGUGUGUGUGUCUGUAUCUCUAGACCCAAAUGGUUUAGUUGUAUAACAGUUUACACAGGACUCAGACACCCUGGCGGGGAGUAGGAGAAGCUGGGAUCCCUGUGUCACUUACAGCUCUCUCCACCCUCCUAUCUCUCCUCUGGUCAGGAAGCUCUGUCGGUAGCUCAUGAAACAUGUUAUUACUGUGUCUCUGCCUGCACUGCCUACUGUCCUGCCUGCAUUUUGGCUGCUGGUUCUGCUGCUGCUUAAGAGAGAAAACUAGUGAUGUCAGAGUGCUCUGGGCAGGGGUCCCGGAGUACGGUAUGAUCUGCAUCCCCCCCUUAAUCUGGAUUUUCCUGCUGGUGGUAUUGGGGGACUGGAGAUGAGAACCUGCCACCCUAUGGGUACAAAGCAUAUUAGGCACAAUCCAGAUUCACGGACACCUGCUCCGUACAUUGGGCCUAAUUCAGACCUGAUCUCUGCUGUGCGUUUUCGCACAGCAGCCGUUCAGGUCUGAACUGCGCAUGCGCCGGCGCAUGCCAGGUGGCAAUCUCAAAACUGCGAUCGCCUCUGCCUGAUUGACAGGCAGAGGCGGUCUCUAGGCGGGAUGGGGCAGGCCGGCGUCAUAUGGCUGCCGCUGUAGAGGCACGGACCGGGCAAUGCAGGCGUGUCCGGACCACGCGGUAGGCGGGCCGCAGCAGCUGCCUGACGUCACACGCAACCACUGCGACCCGGAGAGCGACGAGUAGCACCCAGCCAGUGCGCGGGAGCCAACGCCGCUGUGCGAUGCUUUUGUACUUGUGCGGGGGGGGGGGGUGUCGGGCCUGACAUGCGGGGCGGACUAUCCCUGUGCUGGGCGUCCCCCCGCAUGUCAGGGAAGCUGAUCGUAGAUGUGCUGAAUUUACCACAUCUACAAUCAGGUCUGAAUUAGGCCCAUUGCUUGUGAGAGGGAAUUUUAUAUUCACCUUUAUGUCUCUACCAAGAGUUACAGCAGACAAUUGUUUUACAACUACUAAUGAAUCUGUCUCAUCUUUCUCAUGUGCAUAUUGUAAAGAGUUUAGAGUAUAAAAAUAAAAUGCAGAAUUCCUGGGAAAAUUA